AUGUUCAUUGCCCGCUCAGAAUACGACCGUGGAAUCAACACCUUCUCUCCGGAGGGGCGUUUGUUCCAGGUCGAAUACUCUCUCGAAGCUAUCAAGCUGGGUUCAACAGCGAUCGGUGUCGCCACCUCUGAAGGUGUCAUCCUAGGUGUCGAGAAGCGUGUCACCUCCAGCCUCCUCGAGGCCUCCUCCGUCGAGAAGAUCGUUGAGAUCGACCAACACAUUGGCUGUGCCAUGUCCGGUCUGCAGGCAGAUGCCCGGUCCCUGGUCGAGCACGCCCGUGUCGAAUGCCAGAACCAUGCCUUCCACUACGCCGAGCCGUUGAGAGUCGAGAGCUGCACCCAGGCCAUCUGUGACCUGGCCCUGCGAUUCGGAGAGACGGGAGACGACGAGGAGAGCGUCAUGAGUCGGCCUUUUGGUGUUGCUUUGCUGCUUGCUGGUAUUGAUGAGGAUGGUCCGCAACUAUACCACGCGGAGCCGUCCGGAACGUUCUACCGAUACGAUGCGAAGGCUAUCGGGUCCGGAAGCGAGGGUGCGCAGGCGGAGCUGCAGAAUGAAUACCAUCGUUCCUUGACGCUGGGUGAGGCAGAGACUCUGGUUCUCAAGACGCUGAAGCAGGUCAUGGAGGAGAAGCUGGACGCGAAGAACGUUCAGCUCGCUAGUGUGACUAAGGAGAAGGGCUUCCGUAUUUACGAUGAUGAGGAGAUGGGUCGGGCUGUUGCGCAGCUGGGCAGCAACCAAUAA